AUGCCGCCGCGAAUCAACCUGCUAGCGGCAAUUCGCCGUGUGCAAAUAUCCUCCAUUUCGAAAACCGGCGCUGUUCGGGCUUACGAUGGCGCCUUUCAAGGUUGCACAACUCCCCGCGUGGGUUUGGUGUCUAGGAUUGGUGCGCGGCCGUGUCAGAUCCGGAUGAAUUCUACGUCGAGCGGUAGUGGAGAAGGGAAGGAUGGGAAGGAUGUGGCUGAUGAAGCUCGGGGGCCGAAUCAGGAUCAGCUAUCUUCCGUUAGUGAAGAAGCGGCGGAGACCGCGAGGAUAUUGGAGAAGAGAUGUGGUGAAGUUGGGGGACCGGAGCUGGAGCAGGGAACACCGGUAGGAGAGAUUUUAAAACGGGAUAAGGACGCUUUGAAGAACAUGCCCAAAGUUUUGCGGGACCAAAUUGCAUCCCAAAAUAACGGUGGAUCUCGCUCAUUUUCGACGUCUGCCCGGCUGAGACAGGAGGAGGUGCAGAAUAUGCGGGCCGCACAGGAACUGACUGUGGAGCCAUCCGUUGCUGCAGUAGCUGAGAUGAUUGCAGCCGCUGAAAGCAAUGUAGAUCCUGAAAUCAAACAGGGUUAUAAAUUUGAGCCGCCGACGACGAAAUUACCCAAAACGGAGCAUGUUAAAAAACGAUAUGAGGAUAUCGUAGAGCAGUUUACGAAAAUGCUUAUGAAGGAUGGCAAGUUGGGACUCGCUCAAAAGAACAUGAACUCGAUUUUACAUCACCUCCGCACCUCUCCUCCACCAGCUGUCAAUCCUAUGCGCCCUCUCCUCCCGGGACCGCCGGCCCCUCAAUUGCCGCUUAAUCCAAUCUUGUAUCUUACUCUAAUCGUCGACUCAGUUGCUCCGAUUAUCAAAAUCCGUCAAUUCAAAGGAAUGGCAGGUGGUGGUAUGACACUGCCUAUUCCGCGGCCACUCAAGCAGCGUCAAAGACGACGAGCUGCUAUCAAGUGGAUUCUCGACGCUUCGGAAAAGAGGAAGAAUUCGCAGUUUGCGGUAAGAGUCGCAAACGAGCUGGUUGCCGUUGCGGAAGGUAGGAGUUCGGUGUGGGAGAGGAGAUCACAAAUUCACAAGUCGGGUGCGACUGCGAGAGCAAAUAUUCGGUACGCUGUUCGGAAGUAG